CCGGGGCCGGGGCCAUCCCCUGCUGGUGCACCAGGCAGGGCAGGAGCCAUGCCCAGCCCUGCCCACACACAAUGGCCAGCCGGCAGCAGCCAGCCCCAGGUGUCCCCAGCUUCCCCUGCUGCCCCCACACAGCUCUCCGUCCUGGAAUGGGAGCUGGGGUCCCCUCAGCCCCACAGCCCUGCAUCGGGCACCAGAGAGGUUUGCCACCCUGCCCAUGGGCAGUUUGAGGAGGAGGAGGAGGAGCUGCAGGCCAUCUGGAAUGGGGCAGACGACCAGCAGGCUCCCAGCAUACCAGCAGGCAGCCAUGCCCACCGCCAACCAGGGAGCAGGGCAGGCAGCAUACCCAGCCCUGACACCACUGCCGGUGGGCCCCUCAUCCUCUCGUCAGCCAGCAACAUACUAGUGGCCAAGUUCACCCUUCCCACCACUGCCCGGCUCCUCCACAGCCCUUCACGAGAGAAGAGCCCUGGCGCAGGGCACAGCAGUGGUGGCACUCCCAGCAGGCACGGGAUGUCCCCCCACUCAGAGGAGCUGGUGUCCACCACAGCCUCCUUGGAUGGCCCCAGCGCCUGGGAUCUGCGGAGAUGUGGGGAAGAGGAGAGGGAGGGCAGCAAGGUCCCUCCCGGUAAAACGGAGUUUCAGAUGAUGGAGGGCACACUGGAAAGGAAGCACGUGUUGCAGACAGGAGGGAGGAAGGCCAGCUGCCGGGCCUGGAGCCUCUUCCACGCCGUGCUGAUGAGGCAGACCCUGUGCUUCUACCAGGACCGCAGGGACAGCCUGAAGAGUUCCGUGGUGGCCCUUCCCCUGAACCUCGCCGGGGCAGUCUGCACCCCGGAUGCCGAGUACACAAAGAAGACCAACUGCUUCAGGCUUCAGCUGCAGGAUGGCUCCGAGUACCUCCUGAGGGCUCCCUCCCAGCCCCUCAUGAACGAAUGGGUCUCCAAGCUGCAGCAAAACUCAGGUUUCCCCGAAGUGGAUUACUUCCAGGUGGCAGCACAGCAUGUCGAGGGCACUGGCGGUGCUGGGGGUUUCAGCAAGGUCCCCAGCCCUGGGAGCUCCCACCUCCAGGGGCAGCAUCUGAUCACGACCACCAAGAGCCAGGAGAUCGUGGUGCUUCCCUGCUCCAACGCUUGGCUGCAGCGGGCUCUGGGCAGCCAGGAUGGCACAGCCAACGGGACUGUGGCAGCAGCAGAGGAUGCUUACGUGUCCAGGCACAGGGAGCAGCAGUGGUCACCCAGAGGGUCCCCGGGGUUGUGGGACAACAGCUGCCAAGAUGACGACUACGGGCUGGUGGCCAACAAGAGGAGGUCCUACUCCUUCACCUCAGCCACCUACCAGAGGAUCACUCCAGUGGCUGUGCCCAAGGAACCCAUGGAGGCUGGGAGCAGCUACUCGGUCACACUGUACAUUGGGGAGCAAGGACCCGCUGUGCCCCGAGCACGCUGCCACUCCUUCGUGGCCCGGCCAGGGACCCCACAGGACACACUGGGGGAGAAGACCCCCAGCCCCCCUCGCCCCAAGAACAAAUCCGUCUUCAAGAAGUUCUUUGGGAAGAAGGAGUGAGCCCCAGCCAACGGGGAGAAAAGCCCUAGCCUGCCCUUGAUCCUCCUGGGUGCCAUCCCAGCAUGGUCUCUGCUCCCAGCACCAGCUCACCGCCUCCCCAGGGGAGAGAGGCUGCGGUGAGCAGCUCUGCUCCAGCCGC